CUACAUUUAAUAAUUGAAAUUAGGACUUAAUGAAUGAAUUCUAAAAAUAUCAUUUUAAUUACAAUAAUCCAAUUAAUGAUAUUAUUUGGACAUUUCUAUUAAUAAUAAUAAUUGUGUGCACUUUUAAAGUGAGAUCACAUAUUAUGGACAAAAUGAGUGAAGUGACAGAGAAUGUGAAUAACAAUAACAUUCAUGUCUAUGAAAAAGUAAAAGUCGUGUUUUUGGGCGAACAGAGUGUCGGAAAGACGUCUCUUAUUACUCGCUUUAUGUACGACUCGUUUGAGACUUCAUAUCAGGCGACCAUCGGUAUUGAUUUCUUGUCGAAAGUGAUGUCCACUCCGGACAGGACUAUAAGACUUCAGUUGUGGGACACCGCAGGACAGGAGCGCUUCAGGAGUUUGAUUCCCAGCUAUAUUAGGGACUCCGGAGUUGCUGUCAUUAUAUACGAUAUAACGAAUUUACAAACUUUCAAUCAGUUGGCGAAGUGGGUGACUGACGUGAGGGCCCAGAGGGGCGAUAAGGCGCUCAUCAUAAUUGUGGCCAAUAAGACAGAUCUCAAUGACAAACGACAAGUGAGUGUCGGUGUAGGGGAGGCCAGAGCUCGGGAACUGAAUGUACUGUUUAUGGAGACGAGCGCUAAGACGGGAUUCAAUGUGAAGAAGUUGUUCAGGAAAAUAGCCGACGAUUUGCCUAAACAGCCAAAUGAUGACAGUCUUCGCAAAGAGUUUGAGGUCAGACUCACUCAUAAUAGUCCUAUGAUUGCCAGUCCCACCAAACAGUGCUCGUAUUGCUAAUAAAUUAUCCAUUUUUUAAAUAACAAAUUUCCAU